UGAAGUUUUGACACAAGAUGGCGUUGUAUGUGCUUUCAAAAACCUAAUCGGCCACCAUUGUGAAGGCGAUUUUAUUGAAUACUUUGUGGAUUUUUACGUUUUCUGUGAUAAUUAUCGGCGAAAUAUAAAGUUUUAUUUGGUAAGAUACAGUGCCCAGUAGUUCGGCAACUGAAUCUGAACUUCAAUUUGUGCUAGAAGUGCUUAAUUUCAAAACGUAAAUGCGUUCAAAAUGUCACGCGAAGUGAGCAUCAAAAUUGUGAACACCAUACCAUGCACUAAAUAAUCUAAGUUUUCUUUGGAAUAAGUGUUUACUGCAUUUGAAAAAGUAUCUGUACACGUCGUAAGGGAGCGCAGUUACGCGGGCGAAGGCUUCAAACUUGCCGGCAUCAUUAUGGUGGACUGAAGAAGUGUUUGUUGACGGAUUGGUGUUGAAUACGUGUAGUAAACAGUGCCGCUAGAGAGCCGCGUACCAUGUCGGGCGGCUCGCAGCACAACCCCAAUGGUCGACAAUCGCAGCUGGGCUCAGGAUGGAGCCCCCUGCAGGUGUUACAGAUGGCGAACUUGCUGGCGCGGGCUCCGCAGGCACAUAUGGCGUCGGACCGCGGCGUGACGUGGCACACCCCCACCCCGCCGCCUCACCUUUACCAUGUACCGGCGCCUUCGCCCCCCGACCCCCUUCAGGGUCUGUUGCAAUUGCAGGCGUUAAAGUCCGCCAGCGGGAACUCAGUGUUCCGACACACGGCGACACCGCCCGAACUGUACAGACACACACCCACCCCACCCGACAAACAUCACAUGAGGCACACCCCAUCCCCAGGCGACAUUAAGGCGAGUGCAGCGUUACCACCAGUAGAUUUAUAUCAACAUUUGGCACCAUCGAGAGCAGAGAAGCUGCGCGCGGAUGACUUGAUGGCGUACACGCGGGUCGGCGUGGACCUGUCGCUGGGCGGCGGGCGCGCGGCCAACGGCGCCGCCACGUCGCCCGCCCCCGCGGGGGGCGCGGGCCCCGCGCUGUCGGUGCGCGACGCGCCCACCAUCAACAGCCUGAUCGCGCGGCGCCACGCGCACCUGCCGCACGCGCGCGUCGACGCGCUGCUGGAGCGCCUGGCGCCGUCGCCCGUGUCGCCGCACUCCGUCAUCGUGCACUCGCGCGCCGCGCCCACGCCCUCGCCGCCCUCCUCCAACGAGGACUCUGCGGACUCGUGUGGCGCUCCGCCUGGCUCUAAGAGGAAACGCAAGCCAGAGCGCACCGUACGCGUGGCGGCCGCGCCCCCACCGCCCGCGCCGCCGGUGCCAUCGGCCGCGCCCCCUGCGCCGUCGCCCGCGCCCCCGCCGCCAGCCGCGCCGAGCGCGGCGCUCCCCCGUGAGAACGGCGACGCGCACGCCGCGCCCGACGCGGCCGAGCUGCGGCCCGCCUCGCCGCGCCCCGACCAGCCGCACGCUAGGAGAAAAACACGUUCGGGCUCCGCCGAGACGAUAGACGACAUCGCCGCCAUGAUCGCAGACACGGACCGUGCGCCGAUAGCGGCGCCGGCGCCCGUGGCGCCUCCCUCCCCCGCCGCCGCCGUCACCGUGGACAAGCUGCGCAGUGUUCUGGCUAGCCCCGAGGCGGCGCGAAGUCUCGAUUUCAGACACAGUGACCCGGCACCCGAACCCGAGCCGGCGCCCCCCGCGCCGGCCAACGAGCCCGCGCCCCCGCCGGCGCCGGCCGCCGCCCCGCGCCGCCGUAGUGCGCGGACGUCUAACCCCGAAGCCCCAAACGUGCCCGUGGAAUCUCCUUCGGAAGGCAAGCCGGCCGAACCCGAAGCGAGCGACGCGCGCACUGCCGAGCCGGCCGCCGUCAGCUUCGUGGAGGUGGAGAACCAGUUGGAGAAGAUGUUCGCGGGGCUGGAGGAGGAGCCGCUGGGGCAGGACGCGGACGAGGCGCCAGCGCCCGCCGCGCCCGCCACGGAAGGCGCCGGCGGAGCGGCGGGCGCCACGGCCCCCGCGGCAGCGCGCAAGCGGCGUCGCUCGGCGCCCGCGCGGUCGGAGCGCGGCCAAAAGGCGCAGCGCAAGAAGGCGGACGCCCGGCGCCCGCGCAAGGGGCCGCGCGACGCGGCGCGGGACGCGUACGACUCCGGCAGCAACGCCAGCUCCAGCAAGUCGCGGGGACCCUACAUACAGAUACGCGGGCCGCGCGACUCGCCGCUGUCCGUGAGCGUGAUGAACACGACGACGGGCGGCGAGGAGGAGGACGCGGGCGGGCGCCGCAAGGGGGGCGAGGACUUCCGCAACGGCGUGCGCGGCGUGCGCGCCGUGCGCGGCCUGCACGCCUCCACGCUGGGGCUGCGCUACGACGCCAGCACGCCCGACGCCACCUGGCUCUGCGCCUUCUGCCAGCGCGGGCCCCACGCCGCCUCGCUCGGGGACCUCUUCGGGCCCUACACGCUCGACAACGACUGCGACGAGUACAGGGCGCUGGACGAGGCGACGCGGCGGCGCUACAGCUCGGACGAGGCGUGGUUCCACGAGGCGUGCGGCGUGUGGGCGCCCGGGCUGCUGGCGGCGGGCGCGCGCCUGUGGGGGCUGGGGCCCGCCGUGUGGGGCGCGCGCAACACGCGCUGCGCGCACUGCGGCGCGGCCGGCGCGGCGCUGGCGUGCGCGGCGCGCGCCUGCCGCGCCCGGGCACACCUGCCGUGCGCGCGCGCCGCCGCCUGGCGCCUGCACGACGCCGAGCUGCGCGCGCUGUGCCCGCGGCACGCGCCGCUAUAGUAGCCGCCGUAGUGCCCUCGGCACGGCGACUGUGCGAGCGAGUGUGUCGGUCCGCCGGACGGUUCGUGGUGAGUCGGUACACCGGGCCGGUCGAUAUUAGGUUGAAAAUCUCACUUCGUUUGUAAUUACUCCGAGACGUACUAGUUGCGAUGUUUUAUAUUUCGUUUUAGUGUACGUGUACUCAUCAUGAACUAUCUGUUGUAUACAACUCCCGAUUGUUUACAUGGUCAUGUAACAAUGCAGUGAUAUUUUAAAGUAAUAAAUGGACCUUGGAUGUAAUAAGUAUAUUUUUUAUGUAAAAAAUAUAUAAAUAAUAAAUAAAUAAACAACUGUUUAGUUGCCAUUAUAGUAUCAAAAACUAGUCUAAAUAAAUAGUGUCUUGUGAUUUAAAUAAAAAAUAUAUAAAAAUCGUUUUGGGGUCUAUGAAAAUUUACAUUUUUAGCUUGGUAAUGGAGUAAUAUGUAUGUUUGUGGAUACUGCAUUGUUAUCGAUGGAUUAUAAAUAAAUACACAAUGUGUGUAGCGCUCUUAUACUUAAUGGUUAUUUAUACCGAAAACUUUACGCUUACAUAAUUUAAACGUGAUACUUCAAAUGUUUCGUGCUAACCAAGUUAUAGUAGAGCCCCGGCCGGCCGUGGGCCGCGGGCAUGUUGAUAUUUUCUUACAUAUGUAUAUACCGAUAGUGGUCGACUCACCGAUACUGCCAACAGGAACAAUAAUGCAAGCAAGAUAUAUGUUAAUAGAUACAGAAGUAUAUGUAGUAUAAUUGCGUUAACAUUUGAACAUAAUUGUUAUGGAACGUUUGAAGUGUGGACGUCUAAGGGUACCAUAAGGCGCUGUCUUCGUUUGCCAGACAGUGAGCACGCCAGCUUCGUACGACGUUGGCUACGUACUUUAAUUCCAGUGAAUAGAAAAAUAGACUUUAUUUAGAAAAUGUUAAGGUACAAAUUUAUAGUAGGGAGAAUCAGGCCAGUUUAGUGUUUUUAAAAAUUUAUUCGGACAAUUGACGCAUGGACUCGAACGAACAAUGAACAACAUCCAAAGCCUUGAAAUGUAAAUGGUGUAAGAUUUUUUUUAUCACUUAUGGCAAAUGAUUACUUUAUUAAGUAUGUAAUUGUUAUAAAUUAUAUUUAUCAUGACAUUAUAAGCAAAUUGAAAUACAACAUGUUUAAAAUGA